AUGACACCGGAGAAGCAACGAGCGAUUUGGGCGAUUUAUGUGUGGUGCCGGAGAACGGAUGAGCUAGUCGACGGACCGAAUGCGUCGCACAUCACCCCGGAAGCGCUCGAUCGAUGGGAAGAACGCCUCGAGGGUAUCUUUGACGGGAAGCCGGUGGAUAUGAUCGACGCGACGCUGUGCGAUACCCUCUCGCGAUUUCCGGUCGAUAUUCAGCCGUUCAGAGACAUGAUUGAUGGUAUGCGAAUGGAUCUCGUUAAGCCGCGGUACGAGACUUUCGACGAGCUUUACGAGUAUUGCUACCGCGUCGCCGGCACGGUGGGUUUGAUGUCCAUGCCCAUCAUGGGAUGCGACGAGAAUUUCCAGGGCGACGUCAAGAAGGUGUACAAAGCUGCGUUGGCGCUUGGGCUCGCGAAUCAAUUGACAAACAUUUUGCGCGACGUCGGCGAAGAUGCGCAAACGCGCAACCGCAUUUACGUCCCGAUCGAGGAUUUGAACAGAUUCGGCAUCACCGAGCAAGAGGUUUUGCGAGGUAUGUUCAGCCCGUCCACGGGCAAGGUUGACGACCGCUGGGUGGCGUUUAUGAAGUUUCAAAUCGAACGCGCGCGCCAAGUGUUUAAAGACGCCGAAGAUGGCGUCAACUGCUUGCACAAGGACGCUCGCUGGCCCGUCUGGAGUGCGUUGGAUGUGUACAGAAACAUUUUAGAUGCGAUCGAGGCAAAUGGGUACAACAACUUCAAUCAGCGCGCUUACGUGCCCAAGGUUGAGAAGUUUCUCAUGCUCCCGCAAUCGUACUUGAAAGCUCAAAAAGCGCAAAUGCACUAA